AUGGAGAGCUUGGAAGCUUCGGUUAAUGCUCCGAGCAAAGCUAUUUUGGCUUUGGCUAUCGCGAUUGUGAAACAUAAACCCCCAGACAAAGAGGUUAAAGACUACCUCAUGGAAGUCCGUCACUUCAUCCGAAAUGAUCUGCAAGUUGAAUCUCCAGACAAAUUCUUCGACAGUGUCGCCUUUUGGCAAAAGGCGUACAAGGAAUCAGAGGCAGAGCAAGCGAAACUCCUCAACCAGAUCUUCGAAUUGGAACAACGCACCCAGGGGCUUCGCUCAAAGAUGAAACAGAGUCAGAGUGCAGUUGAUCCUUUUCCAAGAAACCAGAAAGUCUCAACAGAGAAUUUAAAGGGUUUGGUCCCGCCAAGGAAGAAAGCACGAGGACGCGACUCGAAACCCGAACUCUCCAAAAGUACUCGUGAUGACGAGGAGGAAGAAGCUUCCGAGGAGGAGAAUGCCCCAAAGCUCACCAGACAGCUAUACACCGUCCAACGUGCUCUCCAAAAGAGGCACAACAGCAAACCGCUCACAACCGAUGCCGUGACUCUUUGCAAGGUAGCAGAGUCUGAGAUAUGGGGAGCUACUAUAAGACUGAAUGCACCGGAGAGUCAAUCAAAGAUUCCUUCGAGUCAACAGGCGAAGAAGCCAGACCUGAUUGCUGUGACCAAGGCCACGGAACUGUCAUUCAAGUUGGUCCAUCAAGCUUUGCACAAAGUGAUUGGAGCUCCAGAUGAGAGCUACUGCAAGGGACAGAUUACAUAUUACCUGGUGUGUCUCUUUGAAUCAAUAAUGGGUGCGCUCACUCAAAUUUGCACGGCGUCGACACGGACCGCUACCAGCACUAUUCUUCAGGAAACUUCAAAAUGCAACAGAAUACCAACCAGAAAGCAGGGAAACAGCCAGAAAAUCCAGAAGAAAAAAGAGACCGUCACCUCAAAAGCGAAAAGAUUGAAGAUGGAGAAGGAUGCAACUGAAUGCUUGCUUGACCUGCUCUGCACAAUGGCACUGUCUCUCGAUCUAACCCGAAGUGAUGACCAAGACGUGAUGGAGGGAUAUCUCUUCAUUGUAAUACACCGCGUGGGAAAGAUGCUCGCAUUAUUUGUCUUCGAGGAUCACCAAUUGCCCUCUGACAGUUGUCCAGACAUUGAUGUUCCACAAGGCAUUCGGGAUAUGAAAGCAGAGGGUCUUACAAACGAAAUGGCACAAGUUGAAGCAGAGCAUCUGAUCCGUUUACUUCACCGGAUGUUGAGUUCUCGGCUCUGUGACACGGAGAUCAUGCAUUCUCAAUUCAUUCGGAACAUGCAUAGGCGCUUACAGAAAACUCUUAUCCAGGCGGUUUUUGGAGAUGACGAUCCGUUGUUCCGGGAAGGCUUGGUCCGUCCUGGAACCCCUCCUCCUUUGGAUGAUAACGGUCGAGCAUCGCAGCGACAGGAUUUCUCGGAAUGGUUUACUGAAGAGCUCUGGCGUCUGGUUGGCUGGGAUAUUCUGAACAAUAUCCCACAAAGAGCCUGA